AUGUCUACGUUGGAGGUAAAGGUUACUGGUGAACGAGAAAUAAUAAAUCAACAAACCGUUGACUGUGAAAAUACUAUACAAGAUCAACCUCCGUCACAAACGAUUAGUCAUAAUUCAUCACACGUGGUUAAGGAUGAUGAGGUUCUGAGUGAACCUGUGACUAGAGAAAGGGAAGCUUCCGUUGGGACCAUGUUAGGCAAUAACGGUGCUCAGUAUCUUAAUAUAAAUGAAGAACCUUCUUCUCCUGGAGUGGAUAAUGUUAAAAAAGUAUCAGUUUUACCUCUCGUUUUCCUAAUUUUCUAUGACGUUUCUGGGGGCCCUUUUGGUAUCGAGGAUAGUGUGAAGGCAGCUGGUCCUCUUUUAGCCCUUCUCGGCUUCUUGAUCUUUCCUCUUAUAUGGAGUAUUCCUGAGGCAUUAAUUACUGCUGAGAUGGGUACCAUGUUCCCUGAGAAUGGUGGUUAUGUGGUUUGGGUCUCAUCUGCCUUAGGUCCCUACUGGGGGUUUCAGCAAGGUUGGAUGAAAUGGAUACGUGGUGUCAUUGAUAAUGCUGUGUACCCAGUUCUAUUUCUUGACUACCUGAAGUCAGGUAUUCCGGCUCUAGGUGGUGGUUUACCUAGAACCUUUUCAGCAUUAGGUUUGACUAUUAUUCUCACUUUGUUGAACUAUAGAGGUUUAGUCAUUGUGGGAUGGAUUGCUAUUCUUAUAGGGGUUUUUUCCCUCCUUCCUUUCGUAGUUAUGGGAUUUGUGGCAAUCCCAAAGUUGGAGCCUUCAAGAUGGCCGGUGGUGAAUCUACAUAACGUGAAAUGGAAUUUGUAUUUGAACACUCUCUUCUGGAAUUUAAACUAUUGGGAUUCGAUUAGUACAUUAGCUGGAGAGGUGGAUAAUCCAAAGAAGACUCUCCCAAAGUCUCUAUUUUAUGCACUGAUCUUGGUUGUUCUUGGGUAUUUCUUCCCCCUUCUUAUUGGUACUGGCGCUAUUCCACUUCAUCGUGAGCUGUGGACUGAUGGUUAUUUUUCAGACGUCGCCAAUUUGCUUGGAGGAACUUGGUUGAGAACGUGGAUUCAAGGGGCUGCAGCAAUGUCCAAUGCGGGCUUGUUUCUGGCGGAGAUGAGCAGUGAUUCUUUUCUACUUUUGGGGAUGGCUGAUCGAGGAAUGUUGCCUGAGUGUUUUGCUAAGAGAUCUCGUUAUGGAACUCCCUCAAUUGGAAUUUUGUUCUCUGCUUCUGGCGCGAUUCUGUUGUCAUGGCUGAGCAGUCAGCAUAUUGUGGCUGUAGAGAACCUUUUGUACUGUUUUGGCAUGAUUUUGGAGUUCAUAGCAUUUAUACGAUUGAGGAUGAAAUAUCCAGCUGCUUCUCGUCCUUACAAGAUACCCGUUAACACAGCUGGAACAAUUCUUAUGUGUAUUCCUCCGACCAUACUGAUUUGUGUUGUGUUGGCUCUUUCUUCUCUCCAAGAUGCAGCUGUAAGCCUUGUUGCUGUGGUGAUUGGCCUUGUGAUUCAUCCUUGUCUGAAGCUUGCCAAGAGAAAGAGAUGGAUGAAAUUCUCUACUCCCGGAUUUUCAUGGCCAUAACCAAGAGCAUUCCGAUGCACUAAUAGAAUAACAAAUCCUGGCUGAUGUCUCAGAGAACACAAUAUGUACUACAAGCAAGCCACAACUUCUUGUUUAUAAACUUAUGUGCCUAUUUAAUAGCAAUAGCUGCUCAUUAUCUUCGCUUUUCGUGCGAUGAUUGAUUGAAAUGGUCAUUGAAUAUUUAGAAACUUAAGGUGUAAUUUCAAAUUAGUAAGAUAGACCCAAUGAC